AUGAAGUCACAGCUGCAGCCUCAGUUGCAGUCUCAGCUUCAAUCUCAGCUACAAUCUCAGCUACAAUCUCAGCCACAAUCUCAGCCACAAUCUCAACCUCCUCAACAGCCUAACAAUCUUCUUCUUUCACAGCAAAUCCAGGCUGCUGCUGCUGUUGCAGCUGCUGUUAAUCAGCAGCAAGGCCAUACAAAGAUGUCUCCUAUGGCUACAUUUUCUACACCGGGAGCCGGAGGAGUUCCUGUCCCCACUGGACCUGCCCCGUUGAUGACCCAGAACGGCUCAUCCAACAGAACAUCAUCAACAAAUACCCCGGUGGCCGCUCCGGUCAUUACUGCCAAACAAAGUCCUUCUCCUGUCAAGGCAUUGAACGAUGAAAAGGUGUAUUCCUGGAUCAUGGAGUUGGCAUACGGUCCAAACAAGGAACAGGCCCUUCUUGAACUCGGCAAAAAACGGGAGUACUAUGACGAUCUUGCGCUCGUGUUGUGGAACUCGUUUGGCGUAAUGACUGCUCUUUUGGAGGAGAUUGUUGCUGUUUAUCCGUAUCUUUCUCCUCCAAAUUUGACCACUCCUGCGUCUAAUCGUGUCUGUAAUGCAUUGGCUCUACUGCAGUGCGUUGCAUCUCAUCCAGAUACAAGAACAGCGUUUUUAAAUGCUCAGAUCCCCUUGUUUUUGUACCCCUUCUUGAACACAAACUCUAAACAGAGACCUUUCGAGUAUCUCAGACUCACCAGUUUGGGUGUUAUCGGUGCUCUGGUUAAAAACGAUACUCCUGAAGUUAUUCAAUUCUUACUCACCACGGAAAUCAUUCCUCUCUGUUUAAAAAUCAUGGAAUCGUCGUCAGAAUUGAGUAAAACUGUCGCAAUCUUCAUAGUUCAGAAGAUUCUUAUGGAUAAUUCAGGACUUGCCUACGUCUGUCAGACUUACGAUAGAUUCGAGGCUGUCUCUAAUGUUCUUAAGCUUAUGAUGGAUCAAUUGGUGGCUAAUCCAACUGCUAGAUUACUUCGUCACGUGAUUCGUUGCUACCUAAGACUUGCAGAUAACCCAGACGCACGUGUUGCUUUGAAGGAGAGGCUUCCAAAUUCCUUGAGAGAUGAUACUUUUGAGACCGUGUUGGCAGAUGAUACUGCAUCCAAGAACAAUUUAUCACAGCUUGUAUAUGCAAUUAUGCAAUAG